AGAUCAUCCCCCUUUGUUUGAACAACCUUUGGUAGUUUUCUUCAUCAGAAAGACAACUCUCAAAGUCUCAACUCCAAAUCCAGCUCUCUCUCUCUCUCUCUCUCUCUCUCUCUCUCUCUCACACACACACACACACACACAUUCCGAACCAUGGGUCAAGGAACACCCGGCGGCCUUAACCGGCAAGGCCUAGGCGGCGACCGCAAGAACGACGGCGACAAUAAGAAGGACAAGAAGUUCGAACAACCCGCCCCGCCCGCCCGCGUUGGCCGCAAGCAGCGCAAGCAAAAGGGCCCCGAGGCGGCGGCGCGUCUCCCGACCGUAACCCCCGUAACGAAGUGCAAGCUCAGGCUGCUAAAGCUCGAGCGGAUCAAGGACUACCUGCUGAUGGAAGAGGAGUUCGUGACCAACCAGGAGCGGCUCAAGCCUCAGGAGGAGAAGACGGAGGAGGACCGGUCGAAGGUCGAUGACCUGAGGGGGUCGCCGAUGAGCGUGGGGAACUUGGAGGAAUUGAUUGAUGAGAAUCACGCGAUUGUUUCGUCGUCGGUUGGCCCGGAGUACUAUGUGGGGAUUCUGUCGUUUGUUGAUAAGGAUCAGUUGGAGCCUGGGUGCUCGAUCUUGAUGCAUAAUAAGGUUCUUUCUGUUGUUGGGCUUCUUCAAGACGAAGUUGAUCCAAUGGUGUCCGUGAUGAAGGUUGAGAAGGCUCCGUUGGAGUCAUAUGCUGACAUUGGCGGGUUAGAUGCACAGAUACAGGAAAUCAAGGAAGCUGUUGAACUGCCUCUGACACAUCCGGAGUUGUAUGAAGACAUUGGUAUCAAGCCUCCCAAGGGGGUCAUACUUUAUGGAGAGCCAGGAACAGGCAAGACCUUGCUUGCAAAGGCAGUAGCAAAUUCUACAUCAGCAACUUUCUUACGUGUCGUUGGAAGUGAAUUGAUCCAAAAGUACCUAGGAGAUGGUCCAAAGUUGGUGAGGGAACUCUUUAGAGUUGCUGAUGAUCUCUCACCUUCUAUUGUGUUCAUUGAUGAAAUUGACGCAAUUGGUACAAAAAGGUAUGAUGCUCAUUCGGGUGGUGAGCGUGAAAUUCAGAGGACCAUGUUGGAACUGCUGAACCAGUUAGAUGGUUUUGAUUCAAGAGGUGAUGUCAAGGUGAUUCUCGCGACAAACAAAAUCGAAAGCCUUGAUCCUGCUUUGCUUCGGCCUGGUCGAAUAGAUAGGAAGAUUGAGUUCCCUCUUCCUGAUAUUAAGACAAGGAGGCGCAUUUUCACGAUACACACUUCAAGGAUGACUUUGGCUGAUGACGUCAACUUGGAAGAAUUUGUUAUGACGAAGGAUGAAUUUUCUGGAGCUGAUAUAAAGGCGAUAUGUACAGAAGCUGGUUUGCUUGCUUUAAGAGAGCGACGUAUGAAGGUUAUGCAUGCAGACUUCAAGAAGGCUAAAGAUAAGGUUAUGUUCAAGAAGAAAGAGGGAGUUCCAGAAGGGCUCUAUAUGUGAAAAAUACUCUGUUCUCUAAGACAGUUCUCUAAGCCAGUCAUGUAUUGCUUGUUUCUCGCCAUUUUUAUCCUUAAUUUUUUUGCUGAACAAUUGGCUAUGAGUGAUUGAUUGAAAGUACACUGUAAUCCUUUUUGGGAAGCUCCUGCAUGGCAAACGGUCCGUUUAAUUCCUCUGCUAUCGAUCAAAUUACUUAUUUCCUUA